AUGGUUCCACAGUUCCAUGGUUCCCCAUAGUUCCAAGCGUUCCAUGGUUCCAUAGUUCCAUAGUUCCAAGCGUUCCAUGGUGGUUCCAAGCGUUCCAUGGUUCCAAGUGUUCCAUGGUUCUAUGGUUCCAAGCGUUCCAUGGUUCCUACUGUUCCACAGUUCCAAGCGUUCCAUGGUUCUACUUUUCCAUGGUUCCAAGCGUUCCAUGGUUCCUACUGUUCCAUUGUUCCGUGGUUCCAUAGUUCCAUGGUUCCAUGCAAGCGUUCUAUGGUUUACUGUUCCAUGGUUGCUACUGUUCCAUAGUUCCAUAGUUCCUGCUGUUCCAUGGUUCCAAGCGUUCCAUGGUUCCUACUGUUCCUGGUUCUAAGUGUUCUAUGUGUCCAACUUUUCACUUCUUCCAUGGUUCCAUGGUUCCUACUGUUCCGUGCAUGGUUUCUAUACUGUUCCUCGUUCCCAGCGUUCCAUGGUUCCCACUGUUCCUUUAAAAAUGUUCAACAAUCAUGGAACGCUUGGAACAAUGGACUCCUUGGAACUAUGGAGCAAUGGAACACUUGGAAUCAUGGAACAGUAGAAACCAUGGAAUGCUUGGAACAGUAGGAACCAUGGAACGCUUGGAACCAUGAAACGCUUGGAACCAUGGAACCAUGGAACGCUUGGAACUAUGGAACCAUGGAACGCUUGGAACUAUGGAACCAUAGAACCAUAAAACUAUGGAACCAUGGAACUGUGGAACCAUGGAACUAUGGAACGCUUGGAACCAUGGAACUAUGGAACCAUGGAACGCUUGGAACUAUGGAACCGUGGAACGCUUGGAACCGUGGAACUGUGGAACCAUGGAACUAUGGAACUAUGGAACCAUGGAACUAUGGAACCAUGGAACUAUGGAACCAAGGAAUGCUUGGAACUGUGGAACCAUGGAACCGUGGAACUGGAACCGUGGCCCCAUGGAACCAUGGAACGGUGGAACCAUGGAACUGUGGAACCAUGGAACCAUGGAACUGUGGAACCAUGGAACUAUGGAACCAUGGAACCAUGGAACUGUGGAACCAUGGAACUGUGGAACCUUGGAACCUUGGAACCGUGGAACCAUGGAACGGUGGAACCAUGGAACUGUGGAACCAUGGAACUAUGGAACCGUGGCGCCAUGGAACGGUGGAACCAUGGAACUGUGGAACUAUGGAACCAUGGAACGGUGGAACCGUGUAACCAUGGAACCAUGGAAUCAUGGAACUGUGGAACCAUGGAACUGUGGAACCAUGGAACUAUGGAACCAUGGAACGGUGGAACCAUGGAACUGUGGAACCAUGGAACUGUAGGAACUACUAUAAUUAUAUUGUAGUUUAUUGCUGAUUCAGCUAUGUUUGUGAGUCUUAUAUCAAGUACAUGUAUAUACGUAUACAUUGUAUAGAUUUAGCCUCGAAUCUGGCCUAUGGAUUUAUUCACUAGGGAAUUUUGCAUUAAACAUCUAGAUCAUUAUAUCUAGACUGGCUAGCAGCUAAAAGCUAGCUAAUAUGCUAUGGUUGAACGAGGCAGUGACAAGAGAAAGCUAUCUCCACAGUUGUCAACUCCUACUGCCAGUACUGAAACUAGAUAUAGAUCUAGACUCAAGCAGCAUGAGAAGCUACCCCCGAGUCGAAUCAUUGCUCAACAAUCCAGAGACUCACCUAGGCUCUCUCUGUCGACUGUACACCAAAACAGCCAAGAACCAUUGCGAAGCAGUUUUGCGUGUAGCUCUCGAGUGAGGAAGGUUCUCAGCAAAGACUACACAACACCAAAAGAAGCACAAACAGCCCUCAUGGCGCUCACUUCUAAACUCCCUGCGAGAGUAUCUUCAGAACCACAAGCUCUGAGUAUCUCGUAUGGCCUGCAGGAUAAAGCUGCCAAUACAUCGCGUUCAGUAGACACAAACUAAAAACAAAAAAUGACUGUCAAAAGUUUAUUUCAAGAAGUCUGUUCUCAAUCUCAAAAGAAGCCAACUGGGGGUUCCACAGGAGCUGAAGUUCGAGACUGAAGAUACCAAGCAAGUCUUUGUAGGUAUAGUAUAAUUGACAGUGCUAAGCGUUGUCUUGCUGCCAGAGAUUCAUUGGCCCAACAUGAGGAUCUGACAAACUGAUGCUGUUGUUGAAGAUGUGGACAUAAAUAACUCAAUAACGAAGAGGAGAGUUGAAGGUCUGUAGGAAACACCUAGUGGGUUCGGGUAUCGUCCAAGCACCUCCUGAAGAACAGAAAUUGAUUGUACUAGUAUUGGGUGGUAAAACAUACGCACUUCAGUUGUGGGAUACUGCUGGCCAAGAAUGUUAUCAAGCAAUACUAAAGAUGCACUAGAGGAUGCUGAGGGAAAGAUGACCCGAAUCAAAGAAGCGAAUUUGGAUAAUCCUGAAGUAAUUCUAGUGGGGAACAAGUCUGACCUGACUGAGAGCAGAGUGAUCACCAAGGAGCAAGGCAUGGAGCUGGCCCAGUCACUGGGCAUAGAGUACUUUGAGACCAGUGCCAAGGACGGCAUGAAUGUAGCUGAAGUUGUUGACAAGCUCCUUGAUUUAAUCUAUGGAAAGCCUGAGCCUAAGCCCGAGAAAAAGCCUGAAGUUAUCCCUACUGUGGAAACUGAACAGGCGAUUGAACAGCCAAUUGAAAAGCCAAUUGAACAGCCAAUUGAAAAGCCAGUGAAAAAAGAAUCAACUCUUGAGAAAAAACCAGACCCUGAGAAAAAGCCAAAUGUUGAAACGAUUCCCGAAAAGCCCACUAAGCAGCCUGUUCGCAAGCCUGCUACAAAAUCAUGCUGGAGUACUGGAACAUUCCUGUUGAUAGGGGUCGCUUGUGUUGUAGCAUUUAGCGCUUGGUAUUUCUCGUAGGACUGUUUGAAAACUUUACAGUUGAUUCACAGUAUAAGUGUCAUUUUUAUGAUUAAUGCAUGCAUGCACAAGUGAUUUUCUGGUAGCAUUGCACUCUGGAAGAAAGAUAAUCAUUUUUGAUGGCAAACCAUGUAG